UCACAGGUUCUUAGUUGGACACAAAAAGUAGACCGUUAGCAGAAAUUUGAUAAUUAUUAUUACAAUAUGUAACUUUGCAAAGGAAUACAGGAGAAUUCAAAAUCAUAUAUAUUUUUGCAAAAGCUGGUAGUACAAUGUUCAUAUUAAUGUGUUUCCAAUUUGGUUUGUGAAUCAAUAUGAUGUAUGUAAUAUGGACCGCUAUUGCGGGUGUUCUAGCUGCAAUUCUUCUUUAUAUAGACUAUCUGUUGAAUUCAAUGAAAGAAAUUGAUAGAAUGGAAUUUGAAGGCAAACUUUAUCUCAGACCGUCAAUUGUUCAAUUGCUGAGCAAUCUCAAUAAAAGUGACAUUAUGCGACCGAAGAAAGUUUACAGGGUGACCUAUGACAAUGGGUUCGAAUUGCUGCUGCCUAGACGAGAAUGGGCCGUUGCUGCAAAAGAAGCUUUAACUCUUGACUAUCAGAGUGACGAUAUCAUUGUUUCGUCGUUUCCAAAAUCUGGUACAACUUGGAUUCAAGAAAUUACCUGGCUGAUUUGCAACAACUCAGAUACUGUGGCUGCGAAGAAAUGCCCUCUCCAAAAUCGCUUUCCAUUUUUGGAGAUGGCAUCGCUAAGCAACAACAGUGCUCUCGGGAUAAAAAUAUUGGAAAAGUGGCCAAAAAAUAAGCAAAGACUAAUCAAGACGCAUUUGCCAUUUGAAACGUUGCCAAUAGCAUUUCAAACUGGAAAAUGUAAAGUCAUUUAUGUUGCAAGGAAUCCCAAAGAUGUUUGUGUUUCGCUGUAUUAUUUUGGUAUAAUAAAUACAGCUGUCCCUCAUCCUGGAAAUUGGAGCACAUUUCUAGCCUCAUAUUGUUCCGGAGAAAUAAUUUAUGGAAGCUGGUUUCCACACGUGAAGGGAUAUUGGAAAAAAUUUCAAGAAAACAGGAGCUGGAUUUAUUUCACAACGUAUGAAGAAUUAACAAAAGAUCUCAGAGGACAAAUUAUUUCAAUCUCAAAAUUUCUGGAAAAGAACUUAACAGACCCACAAAUCGACGUCAUAGCUAAACAUUGUACGUUUGAAAGCAUGAGUAAGAACAAAAGCACCAACUAUUCGCACUUGACUGAUAGAGGUCCUGGAUUCAAAAAUGCAAAGUUUAUGCGCAAGGGAAAAGUAGGAGAUUGGAAAAAUUAUUUCACUUUAAACCAAAAUGAAGCAUUUGAUAAUUUGUAUGAAGAAAACAUGAGGGACAAUGGAUUGGACUUCAAAUUCGAAUUAUAAUUAUUAUACCCAUGUAAUCAAUAAUGUAACAUCAAGAUCUUACAGGAUAAACUUGUCGACUGCUACCAAAUGAAGCAAACGUACCACACAUACUGAUUUCAUGGUAUUCGACAAUUCCUAUUUUAUAUAUAUAUAUGAGAAUAAUUGAAUAUAUGAAAAAAAUUGAUUCUCUGUGUUUUCAAUCAGUUAAAAUUUUCUAAAUUACACGACCUUAUAACACUUAGUGAUUUUCAAUAUAUCGGGGUAUACAAAUAUAUU